AUGGUUAAUGGAGAAACCUGUGACAUUCAAUUGCGAAAAACUGUCCCGCAAAUCGCAGACUGUGAGAGAUUAUCUCAACCGACCUCCUCUGUUGAAUACACCGCUUUAAAGGGGUAG